AUGUCAUUUCCUAGGAGUGUAUUCAACACUCAAUUCAAAAGACUAUACAGCUUUUUUCCGAGACGAAUUCCCACCAAGAACCGAUCGAAAUAUCUAGUUACCAUUUCUGGUGUUACUGUCGCAGGUGCGUACUUCUACAUUGAAAACAAACGCAGGCCUAAAUAUCCAGUAGAACUAUGCCCCGAGUAUUUCACCAAAUACAAAAUUACGAAAAGAAUUGACAUUGAUCGGCAUCAUUACCUCUUGGAACUAACUCCUUUAAUACCGCAGGCAAAUAACAUCUGGGAGCAGGUAAAUGCCCGCAAACUAUGGUCUGUUGAAGUUAAACAACCAGAGCUGAUGGUAGUGAGAAACUAUACACCAUUGCCUCUUAAGUUUACAGAGGAUGAUACGCUAAAGCAACUGGAGGCCGGUCAGAACAACCAUGGGAAAUUGAUCUUUUACAUGAAAAACUAUGAUGAGGGUGAAGUGGCAAAAUGGAUACGUUCCCUACCUCAAAAUCAUCAAGUUGAUAUAAGAGGUCCCUUCGUUGAAUACGAAAUACCGAAAGGUGUCAACGUGAUCAACUUUUUCACUGCGGGUACAGGCCUUGUAAGUGCAUUGCAGGUAAUGUUGAAUACGUCGGCUCCUUAUACUUCUACGAUGCAUGUUUUCCAUUCGUGUAAGCAAUCCAAAGAAUUGGGUCCACUCUUCGGCAUACUCCAAGACCUCCAGAAAAACAAUCCCUUUUUUACAUAUACCAUGUUUGAUUCCUCGAAGCACACAGAUAUCAGAUCACAAUGGAAGACAUUCGAACUAUUGGUUCCGAGCGCUACCAAGAUAAGGGGCGGGGUUUCUUUGGUAUGUGGACCAGAGGAUUAUAUAACAGCAAUAGCCGGUAGAAAACUAGUCCCACUGCAAGGUCCUAUUGGCGGAAUCUUGAAACAAAAGGGCUGGACAAACGACAAUGCGUUCAAACUUUCUUGA